AUGGCGCAAGGGUACAGCAUCUUCAUCGGCCUGGUCGUCGUGGCCGCCAUGUGCGUCGGAGCGUGGUUCCUAUCGCCCAAAGGCGAGAACCAAGUAACAUGGCGGUCAUCGCUUAUCAUCGCCUUCAUCAGCUGCUAUCUGAUGUGGUUCAUCACGUUCAUGGCGCAACUGCAUCCGUUGAUCGAGCCGCGUCGGCUAGAUAUCAAGGACGGGUUUCAGCACGAAUAA